CGGGGUCUCCGGAAGCCGGCGCCGCAGUUGCCAAGGGAGAUGUCGCGGGGUGGCGGAAGGGGCCGCGCGGCCGCCGGGCCGACCGCGCUGGCGGCCCCCGAGCCCCGCUGUCGCGGCUGGUUCUUCAUUCCCGAGGUGCCUUCCGCCACCUUCUUCACCGCGCUGGUCUCCCUCGUGGUGUCCGGGCCCCGCCUGCUCCUGAUGUCGCGGCCCUUGGCGCCCUCGAACCUCUCGCUCAAGAUCGAGGCGCUGCGCAACUGGCAAGUUUACAGGCUGGUCACCUACAUCUUCGUCUAUGAGAACCCGGUGUCCCUGUUCUGCGGGGCCGUGAUCAUCCUGCGCUUCGCCGGCAACUUCGAGAGAAGUGUGGGCACCGUCCGCCACUGCUUCUUCACAGUGGUCUUCACCCUCAUGACUGCCAUCAUCUUCCUGUCCUGUGAGACCAUCUUCUCCCUGGUCGAGCUGGGUGAGCUGGAGGCCGCCAUCGGCUUCAGCCCAGUGGCCUUCGCCAUGAUGGGCGUCACUUCUGUCCGCAGCCGGAUGCGGAGGACUGUGGUGUUGGGCGUCUUCGUGCCCACGGUGCUGAUGCCGUGGCUGCUGCUGUGCGCCUGCGCCUUCAUCCCCCAGACCUCCUUCAUGGGGAACUUCUGUGGCCUCUGCGUCGGCAUCGCCUACGGCAUCUCCUACUGCUACUCAAUUGAUGUCUCUGAGCGCAUGGCCCUGAAGCUGGACCGGAAGUUUCCUUUCUGCCUGAUGAGGAAACUGUCCAUGUUCAAGUACAUCUCCAGCAACUCAGCAGAGAGGAAUGCCGACAACUGCAGGCGGCUCAAUCCCCCCCCUGGCUCCUACCCCACGCAGAGCAGCUGCUCCAGUGCGCCCCUUGGCUACCCGCUGCAGGCGCAACUCUCCAACGGGGCCAAGGCUGCCUCCCUUCCGGUCCCCGUUCCCGGGACCAUGCCCAGCCUGCCUCCCUACCAGCCUGCCUCCAGCCUGUGCUAUGUGCAGAACCAUCUUGGCUCAGCCCAUAACCCCUCGGGGGUCCACCCAGCUUCUGGCGGAGCCUCCCUGGGGGUGCAGCCCCCUGCCCCCCUCAACUGCCCUGGUGUGGUGCCUUCCCGGAAUCCGGCUGCUGCAGGGGCUGCGCAGGCUCCAAGGAACAUUCCAGGGCUGGCUGUGAUCCCCUGAGCCACUCCCUGGGGCCCCCGCUGCGCCCCCUGGGGGUCCUUGACCGCGUUAUUCUUGGGACACAUCUGUGCCAUGCCAGCCCCUCCUCCCCUGGUCCCCUCUGUCUCAGGACCACUCUCGUGGGGGACAGGGACACCUGGCACUGUGACUGUGGCUCGCGUCCCCUCUGUUGUGU